AUGCUCCGCUCCACCCGCAGCCAGUUCCGGAACUCGCGAGCUGCAAGGACAAAUGUGCUGCGCCCAGCACAGACCCUUCGACGAGGAUAUGCAGCAAUAACAGACGUCUCCAACUUUCCCAAGCCGGGCGAGAAGCUCCAUGGCUUCACCCUCCAGCGCGUCAAGCAGGUGCCGGAGCUGGAGUUGACGGCUCUGCAUCUGCAACACGACAAGACCGGUGCCGAGUAUCUGCACAUUGCCCGCGACGACGCCAACAAUGUCUUCUCCAUCGGCUUCAAGACCAACCCGCCAGAUGCGACGGGCGUGCCACACAUCUUGGAGCACACCACGUUAUGUGGCAGCGAGAGGUAUCCCAUUCGCGACCCCUUCUUCAAGAUGCUUCCACGUUCUCUCUCGAACUUCAUGAACGCCUGGACAUUCCCCGACCACACUGGCUACCCCUUCGCCACCACAAACGCCCAGGACUUCAAGAACCUCAUGUCCGUGUACCUCGAUGCGACGCUACAUCCAUUGCUGAAAGAGAACGAUUUCACGCAGGAGGGGUGGCGCAUUGGACCCGAGAACCCACUGGCAGCAGAAACAGACGACCCCAGCGCAAAGCGUCUGGUCUUCAAGGGUGUCGUAUACAACGAGAUGAAGGGCCAGAUGUCGGAUGCGAGCUAUCUAUUCUACACCAGGUUCCAGGAUGUCCUCUUUCCUGCCAUCAAUAACUCGGGAGGUGAUCCCCAGAAGAUCACUGACCUUACAUGGGAGCAGCUACGCAAGUUCCAUGCGGACCAUUACCACCCCAGCAACGCGAAAAUCCUGACAUACGGAGACAUGCCACUCACAGAUCACUUGAAAGAGGUCGACCUGCGGUUGAACGGGUUUGACAGGAUAAAGGUCGACCAAGAUGUUAAGGCACCCAUCACCCUAGAUGCGCCCAAGGAUAUCGUCGUGUCUGGCCCACUGGAUCCCUUAGUACCCAAAGAUAAGCAGUACAAGACAUCGGUCACCUGGUUGAUGGGCGACACGGCCGACGCUACAGAGAACUUUGCCCUGGGAGUCCUGAGUAGUCUACUCAUGAGUGGCUACGGGUCUCCUUUGUAUCGCAACCUAAUUGAGUCAGGGCUGGGCGCUGACUUCAGCGCGAAUACCGGUUACGACAGUGCAGGCAGACGUGGCGUGUUCUCGAUAGGACUCGACGCUGUCAAGGCUGACGACGUGCCCAAAGUUCGGGAAGCUAUUGCAAAGACCUUCCACGAGGUGCGCAAGAAUGGCUUUGACAAAAUUAAGGUGGACGGAAUUCUGCAUCAGCUUGAACUGUCCUUGAAGCACAAGACAGCCAACUUUGGCAUGGGUAUGAUACAGAGAUUGAAGCCCAGCUGGUUCAAUGGCAUCGAUCCUAUGGAAGCGCUGGCGUGGCAAGAGACUGUCGACGCAUUCCAAGCCAAGCAUGCCGAGGGGGACUAUCUCGAAAGCUUGAUUGAAAAGUACCUGUUCACGGAGAACACUUUGACUUUCACAAUGCAACCGUCAGAAACAUUCAGCCAGGAGCUAGUGGAAGAAGAGAACCAGAGACUAGCAUCUAAGAUUCUCGAGACAACGAAACAAUUUCCCAGCGAGGAGGAAGCGCAAAAAUACUUAGAGCAAAGAGAGCUCCAGUUGCUGGAAGUGCAGGAGAACGCAAGGAAUGAAGACUUGAGCUGUUUGCCAACAGUCCACGUCAAGGACAUCCCACGUGAAAAGGAAAGGAAACCGUUGCGCCAGACCAAUCUCGAUGGAGUCAAGGUGCAAUGGCGUGAAGCGCCCACUAAUGGCUUGACAUAUUUCCGCGCGGUGCACAAGCUGCAGGAUUUACCAGACGAGCUGAGGGAACUGAUUCCCUUGUACACUAGUGCCAUCAUGCGCCUAGGCACGAAGGAGAAGACGAUGGAGCAGCUCGAGGAGCUCAUUAAACUGAAGACUGGUGGCAUCUCUGUCGGAUAUCACUCCUCACAAUCGCCACUAUCGCUUGAGUCGUACGAGGAAGGCAUGGCCUUUUCGGGUUAUGCUUUUGACCGCAACAUCCCAGACAUGUAUGAGCUACUCCGGACCAUAAUACAAGAGACGGAUUUCGACGGACCGGAAGCGGAGAAGAAAAUCCGGGAGCUGCUCCAGAGUUCAGCCAGUGGCGCGAUCAACUCGAUAGCAGAGUCCGGCCACUCGUUCGCUAUGCGGUAUGCUGAAGCUGGUAUAAGUCCUGUGGGACGACUUACAGAGGAGACUGGCGGUCUGACACAAGUCAAGCUCACCAGCACUCUAUCAUCAUUGGAUUCGCUCAGCGAGGUGAUCCAGAAGCUCAAGGCCAUUCAGUCAUUCACCAUUGCCAACAGCAGCCAAAUGCGAGUAGCACUAAACUGCGGACCCGAAAGCGCAACGCCGAACCAAGACGCCUUACGCCAUUUCUUAACCAGUCUCCCCAGGUCGGUCGACGUCCCGAGCACAAAACAGCAGGCCCAAUAUCCCCGCAACGCGAAGUCUUUCUUCCCCCUUCCAUACCAGGUCUACUAUUCCGCCCGCGCCGUCCCCACGGUACCUUACACCGACCCGUCCUCCGCACCCCUCGAAAUCCUCGCCAAACUCCUCACCUUCAAGCAACUCCACCCUGAGAUCCGCGAGAAGGGCGGCGCAUACGGCGGCGGCGCAUACGCACGCGGUCUCGGCGGCCUCUUCGGCAUGUACUCGUACCGCGACCCGAACCCACAGAACUCAAUGAAAAUCAUGAGCGAAGCGGGUGCAUGGGCACGAGAGCGCGCCUGGACUGCCCAGGAUCUCGAAGAAGCCAAACUCAGCGCUUUCCAGGGCUACGACGCGCCUCAGAGCGUUUCGAGAGAGGGCAUGCGCCUCGAGCGUCGGGAGAGACUGCUCGACGUCACCGCCGAGCAAGUGAAAUCCGUGGCGGACGAGUUCCUCGUCAAGCGCGCGGGUGAAGCUAGUGUGGCUAUCCUUGGUGAGAAGAAGGAUUGGGCUAACGAGGCGAAUGGCUGGGAGUUUAGGGACUUGGGCAUGGCGGCGGAGAAGAUCGAAGAGGUUGCGCAGAUGCAGGAUGCUUGA